AGUUAUAGUUUGACAGUUGCCGAGCUAUUAUAAUAAAAUUAUAUUAUCCACUGUGAAAACGAAACGCCGAUUGAUGAGUUUUAUUGUUGGGUUUUCGAUUGCUGUUGUAGUGAUGUCCGUAGUCCUAUUCGGCUGGAGCUCGAGCAACAGUAUUGUGGGAUACUGCAGUGAUACUUUAAAAAAUGUCAUUUCGAUAGUACGACGUGACAGAUUCGGUGCAGAGAGAAAUACGAACGGGGGGGUGACUUCCAACACUAGCGUCCGACGGCCAAUAAUACGAUAUGUGAUACCAGCGGGCGAUGUUGCGAACUUGAUGGAACAAUUUCAUAAAAUUAACGAACAUUACGUGGUUAUGGAAAAUAGAAUUGCGGCUUUGGAGGAAAUGAGGGAACGCCAAGAACGAAGACGUUUGUUUGGAAAUCAACAAGUAUUGAACGAGAUACGUUUUAACAUUUCUGAUCUCAAUGAUCUCAUAAUGCCCGGUGAACACUUGUUUAACGUGGAUGACUGAUUACACUCGAAUUUUAAACAUUUAUUCAUAUUUAUUUUUUUUUCUAUUUAAUACUUUUAAAAACUAGUGUUUUUUUAAUAAAUAAUUAAAUGCGAAAAAUUUGACUGAUUGUCGAUCCAUGGGCCAAUUGUUUAUAAGAAAUUACAUCAAAACUUUUCAUGAGUCAUAACUUCAAAAUUUCACUAUGGUUUGAACUAAUAGAUCACCG